UUUUCUAUACAUGCAUAUACAUACACUAACAUUUGUAUAGCAUUUAUGUACAAAUAGGAAAGUUCCUGUGCAAAACUAAACUUGUAGUUAGGCACUGGUUUGGUAUAAAAAAAGUCAUUUUCAUGCUGUGCAGGGCCCCACCACCCCUCUCGAAUCAAUGUAAAUGGUACGACCCGCAGGUUAGGCGCUUCUGCUGCGGACCUGCGGUGAAUCAGUUAAUGAGACAGUAGCUGGAGUUAGCCUUGAUAUGAACUAGGAAGACAGGGGAAGAGUCAUGUCUUUCCUUAAGAAAGGAAAAUCAGGGGCUCAAAAACGAAAAGAAAAGAAGAUUAAAGAGAGAAAGGCAAAUGAGGGCAAGCAGUCGCUCACUCAGUUUUUUGAAAAGAAAGUUGAACAUGAAGCAUUUGAAUAUGUUUCAUGCUCUGAUACAGAAGAAGAGUAUUACGUUGGAUAUGAUGAAGAGGAGGCAGGGCAUGUUGACUUUAAACAGAAGAAAGGAGUAUCAACAUUACCCGACUUUAUGGAAUCUAGGACAUUUCCCGGAUUUUAUGAAAUUGGUCUUGAUGCAAUGGUAGGAUGCAAACAUGACUUACCAAUACAAAUUGAAAAUUUCAAGAACCUGUCACAAGAAAUGGAUGCACCCAGGACUUCAGUCUAUCCAAAGGAUGAUGUUCAGCUGGGUGUUCAAAACACCCUCAUCUGUCAUGUGACUGCCUUCUAUCCUCCAUCUGUCAACAUCUCAUGGACUAAGAAUAAUGUUCAUGUAUCAGAGGGCAUGAGUUUAAGUCUGUACCGUCCAAGGAAAGAUCUUACCUUCAACAUCUUUUCCACACUUAAGUUUACACCUGCUGAAGGAGACAUUUACAGCUGCACGGUGAACCACAAAGCCCUCCAAGGUCAACCACAGACCAAAAUAUGGGAUGUUGAUGUUGCCCUCCCAAGUGUUGGUCCAGCUGUGUUCUGUGGAGUGGGUCUGACUAUUGGGCUGAUGGGAGUAGCUGUGGGAGUGUUCUUCCUCAUUAAAGGACACAACUGUAACUGACUAUGAAGCCAUGAAAGCAAACUUUAAAAAUAUCUAUUAAUUGUUUUAUAACUGAGCAAUUUGAAAACAAUGCUAAAGUUAUAACAAGUUUCAUUCUGCAUGACAGGUGACAGUUGAUGUUAAAGGUAUAUGAAUACAUUUAGAUUAAAUCUACAUUUUAUUGCCUCUCAAAUACUUAUGUAAUGAUUCGUCACCCAGGCUGGGAUCCAUUUGCAGGCUUUUAUUAGAAGAAAGCGUGGUACAACAGGCAGGGUCAAACGGGCAAACAGUAAUGGUAAGGGACAGGCAGAAUCGUAGUCAGGGUACAGGCAAGAAAUCAGGGCAGGCAGAUAUCACUCACAGUCCAGGUAACAAUAAAAAGUCCAAAGGUAGAAUCAUAAACGAGAGGCAAACAGGAUCAAUAACAGUCAGGCAGUCAACACAAGAAAACACUCAGAAAUGUACACCAUGGCAACACAAGACUUCGCAAAGGUGAUGGGUAAGUGAGAGUCUUAAAUAGUCCGGUUGAUGAGCUUCAGCUGGGUGUGGUGAUUAGUAGGGGUGUGACGAGAUCUCGUGUCACGAGAUCUCGCGAGACUAAUAUGUGACGAGAUUACUCGUCGAGGCGAAAAGUAAUCUCGUGAUGUUGCCAUGAC